AUCGACAGGUUGUUCCAUGUUUAUUUUUCGUAUAUCGAUGCGUUCUGUUUCGCUUCUUUUUUUUUAUUCAUUUCCCGUCAACUCGUCAGUUAUUCAGUCAGUCACUCGUCAGGAACGCGAUUUCCCAAAAAUGACCUUAAAACUACCGUUCCUGAUUACUUCCACGCUGCUGUGGCUCUACUGGAUGAAGGUACCGGACGUGGCCACUUCGUACUGCUCGGUCACGUGUCACCGGUUUCAGCGAACCGAGAGGACCGCUUUGUACGAGUUCGUGACCUACAGUGAAACGGUGGACAAGUGGCUAAGUUUGGCAUCAUUUGUGGCCACCGACCAGCGACCGAUAGGGAUCGGAAAAACGUACAAAGUUAUUAUGGACCAAACAAUUCUUCACUUCAAUAUAACGGACCACAUCGCAGGCGAACAUAUCGCACUGGAAGCACCAAAGAAUGUCCUCCACCCGCGGUUAGAAUUAUGGUUCUUCACCAAUUCGCCAACCAUUUGUGACCGAACCUCAGCCACCGAUGACGGUAGUGGAAGUUUAAGGGUUACAGCACCACGACAAUCACCGCUGUCGUCUUCAUCAUCAUCAUCAUCAUCGUCAUGCGGUGUGGUUGAAUUACAACCGCAAACCAAUCAUGAUUACGGUACCCGGCAGGAUCCGGUCGGAUGGUGUGGAACAGCGACUGCAGACCGGACCGCAAAUGUCAUUAGUGGUGGUGUGAAACACCAUCGACAUCGUCGUCAUCAGCAUCAUCAUCAUCAUCAUCAUCAUCGUGAACUCCGACAGCGGUCCCGGCAUCGCAGCAGUCUGGAAUUGAGCAGGCGACGCUUCUUUCAGCCUUAUUUCCGUAGAAGAUAGUGUAUAUAGGUACUAAGCAGUAGGCUACGGAGUGUCUGUUAGCUUAUUCGAAAAGGGUUUUGCUGGUCGGUAAAUGGAGUGUUCCUCCGGUAUAGGACUGUACUAAUAAUUAUGAAGCAUACUUACACAAAAAUGUGGAACUUUUCAACUAAAUGCUUACCGCGGUAAAUCCAAUUUAAUACUAUUUCGCAUAGACCUAAUCAGUUUUAUCAGCUACGAUGUUGAAUUUGUCGCAUCGAUUGUCGAGUCACUUUGUCAGAAAGCGCCAGCUCCUGUGAUCGAAGCAAUGUUCAGCGUGCUGCUAAUACUGUCCGUGGCUGAGACGAUGGUGACUUCAACUAACCUAGGAGACCGUCCUCUGAGCGAGAUCUGUUCCCCGCAGUGUUUGCCAAGUUGCUUCGAAGAAAUCGCUCAUUGCUACUUCUGGGCCUGUCCGGAUGUUUGCUGUACUCGAGCAGUUCAAUGUAACAGGCGUAAAUUCUGGGGAGCCAUAGUUUGAUGUUUCUUGAAAGAUUUCCUCUAAUUUUGGGAGAUCUUACAGACAAGUUGUUGAAAGUUACAUCUUGGUGGAAAUGUUUGAAAUAAAUUGUGAUACAUAGAUGUAGUGCUAGCGUUUAUAAAAACCUUUCCUCAAUGUGCCUAGUAGUAGAUAUUAUGACAGACCCUCUCGU